AUGCUGCCCACAGUGGAGGAGAACCGGGGCUACGACUUCGAGGACCCGGAGAACGCGGAGAAAUGGCGGGGACUCUUCAUCAACUCAUUCCGAAAGAUCCUCGUCUCCUUACACCCAACGCUGACCGCGGAAGACAGUGCUCUUGAGUUUGUGGAAUCGCUCUGUCUGAAGCUCUUGGCCAUGUUAUGCGCUGUGCCACCGCCUCUCACUGCGCAGGAUGUAGAAGAACGCGUAGCCCGUACAUUCCCUACGCCGCUGGACAGUUAUGCUAUUGGCGAAACGAGAGACCCUUCGAGCGUGAGGCGGAAAAAAAUGGUGCUGCCCUUGGACAGGAUACAUCAUUUGCUUCAGAAGGAGGUGUUACAGUACAAAAUUGACACGUCAGUCUCUGCCUGUAUGACCAGUGUCCUCGAAUAUGUCAGUACGGACAUUCUGAGGUUAUCGGGGACGUUUGUGAAGACUAUGUCGCAGAAGAGCGGUUACCAAGUUAUUACAACCAGUGAUAUCAAAACUGCCAUGUGUGCUGAUAAGGUGCUUGUGGACGUAUUUUACCAAGAACCGUCGUUAACUGGGGCAGCGGGGUCGGCUGGGGCAAAAGCAUUAGGGUACGGAGAACUAGUGAGAGAUCUCUUAGCUGAUGAAAGAGCCUUCCUCCGAGAUCUGAACCUGAUCGUGAGGGUUUUUAAAGAUGAAUUGGAGAAAAUUCUGGAUGGAGAUAGCAAGACGAUAUCCUUAAUAUUUGGUAACAUUGUGGAUAUUUAUGAGCUGACGGUGACACUACUGGGUAACCUCGAAGACGCCAUGGAGAUGUCUCAAGAUUCACACACGCCGUAUAUAGGCAGUUGUUUUGAAGAACUGGCAGAAGUCGAAGAAUUCAGAGCGUACGUCUGGUACGCGAACAUCGUCACCAAGAAGGAGUCCAGAGAAGCUUUGCAGAAAAUUGUGGAUGAUCCUCAACGGUCGGAGCGACUCGACACGGCGGGUCACGGGUUCCGGCUGGCCGUGAAGUACUGCCUGCCGCGCCUCCUGCUGCAGCCAGUCGCGCACGUGCUGCUGUACCACAGCUACGUCAGCGCGCUGCUCACCGCCGCGCCCGCCUCCGACGACCGCGAGAGCUUCAAGCAGGUGGAGUGUAACCUACAUCCAAUAAAGAAUUUGUUAACGAAAGCUUUAGGAAACGGACCAAAAUUAGAGGGAGCGGUGAGAUCAUUGUCUCGGGCUCGGAGGCAGCUUGCCAUAGACAAAUGCAAUGAGCUGUCUAGACUGGUGGAUAACUGGGACUCGAGAGAUGUACCUCACUGCUGCAAUGAGUUUAUUAGAGAGGAUUCACUGUCAAAGAUCGGUCCGGGUAAACGGAUAGCGGAAAGGCGAGCGUUUCUCUUCGAUGGAUUAUUACUUCUCUGCAAACCAGUCACUAGUUUGGUAACUGUAAAUAGUGGUGUAACAGCGGGUGGGUUGCAACAGUUGAAGUUGAAGGAAAAACUACACAUAAGAAAGCUGAAAAUUGUGGACAGACCAGACGGAGAAGAGGGCCGCAACCUCAUGGAGCUGUGUCCGCGCGUGGGCCCGCCCGUGCUGCUGGCGGCGGCCAGCGCCGCGGACAAGCGCAGCUGGAUGGCCGACCUCGUGCUGCUCAACACCAAGCCCAUGCUGGACCGCGCGCUGGACAGUAUUCUACUGGACUUGGAGCGUCGACAUCCACUGCAACUACCUCCAGCAUCGCUGUAUCGCUUCGCUGAACCCGAUUCUAAAGACAAUAUUGUACUGGAAGAGAGGCCUGGAAACGCGCCUCUUAUCAAGGGUGCGACGCUGCUCAAGCUCGUGGAGCGUCUCACAUACCACGUGCACGCGGACCUGAACCUCGUGCGCACCUUCCUCACCACCUACCGCUCCUUCUGCUCGCCUGCAGAGCUGCUGGCGCUGCUCAUCGAGCGUUUCGACAUCCCCGAGCCACAUCUCGUCUAUGAUGCACCUAAGCCUGCGGAAUGCGUUGAAAUGUCAGUGAGCAGUGACGCGGAGAAGUUGAGUAAGAACACGGCGAGAGAGGAUUGGAAGAGGUACAGGAAGGAGUUUCAGCAGCCUGUCAAGUUCCGUGUGAUAAACGUUCUUCGGCACUGGGUGGACCAGCACUUUUAUGAUUUCGAGAGGGAACCGGCGCUGCUGGAGAAGCUGAUAAGUUUUCUGGAGUCGGUUGAUGGAAAACCCAUGAAGAAAUGGGUGCAGAGCGUAUUGAAGACUGUUCAGAGGAAGAACUCGCUGGGCGGGGCGUGCGAGGCGGAGGGCGCGGCGGGCGUGGCGCACGUGUUCGACCGCAGCCCGCCCGCGCCGCUGCGCCACGUGGACGACCCCGAGCGCCACGGCUGGCACCCGCUGGCGCUGCACCCGCUGGAGCUGGCGCGCCAGCUCACGCUGCUGGAGUUCCAGCUGUACCGGCAGGUGAAACCGUCAGAGCUGGUGGGUGCGGUGUGGACCAAGAAGGAUAAGGAGAAGACCAGUCCGAACCUGCUGAAGAUUAUCAAACAUACCACCAAUUUCACAAGAUGGAUGGAAAAGUGGGUAGUAGAAAGCGAAAAUCUAGAGGAAAGAGUCGCCGUGCUGUCACGUCUUCUAGAACUAGCCCUAUCGUUACGAACUCUUAAUAAUUUCAACGGCGUGUUGGGUGUUGUAGCAGCUUGCGGUUCGGCCUCCGUCCACCGAUUGCGAGCUACUUUCGCUCUGCUACCGCCUCGCUUAGCUCGAGCUCUGGCUCAGUUGAGGGAACUGAACUCUGAUCAUUUUCGAAGAUAUCAAGAGAGAUUGAGAAGUAUAAACCCGCCCUGUGUACCGUUCUUGGGAAUGUACUUGACAAAUAUACUCCACAUUGAGGAGGGGAAUCUUGAUUACCUACCGAACUCGGAGUUGAUAAAUUUUUCGAAGCGUCGCAAAGUGGCCGAGAUAACAGGUGAAAUACAGCAAUAUCAAAAUCAGCCCUACUGCCUCACCGUCGAGCCCAAGACUAGGGCGUUUCUAGAGUCCCUAGACCCGUUCCCGGGCAUGGAUGAUAAGGAGGUGACCGACUACCUGUACGCGAAGAGCCUCGAGAUAGAACCGAGGCUUCCUCUCAAACAGAUGCCGAAAUUCCCUCGACGAUAUCCGAACUUAUCUCUCAAGGCAGUUAAAAUUAAGGUUUCAGAUGAUAACACAAGUAAGUAUAACUCAAAGCAAAACAGCUACUUAAAUAAUGACGAAGAGCGAUCUGUAGCUCAAUUAUCUCCGACGAGUACGUGGGAUGGCAUCUCCGUUGCGUCGUUACCUGUGCACGAUCACGGUUCCCGAGAAGACCGAGGGUCGCUGACGUCCCCGAGGCUCGAGCGCUCGAGCUCGAGCUCUCUCGCUCAACUCGGGCAGCUCAGUCUCUUCGACAAGGGGUUUUUGCUGUUCGACAAGAGCAAGUCCGUGGCGACCCUCAACAGGAACAGCGGGUCGGCGCGGGACGAGCCCCCCUCCCCGCGGGACAGCCACUCGCCCAGGCACGACCGGCGCGCCGCCCUGUCUCCUCGUAGCGCCAUCGUGGACGCCGAGCUGUUCUACUCCAGGAGUAUGGACCACUUGCCCAGGAAACAGGAUGCACCCCAACCGCAGGAGCGCGUGCCGCCGCUGCUGCCGCGCUCGGGCGCGCCCGACGCCCGCGACGACGCGCCGCCCCCGCCGCCGCCCCCGCUGCCGCGCCGCCCGCCCUCGCCGCACGGUAACUCGUGUGAACCUCCGCCCGAACCACCCGACCGACCUCUACCGAGUCCAAAGCACGCCGACUUGUUCAGAAGUCCAGCGAUGUCUCCAAAGCGGUCGCCUGCGCCCGCACCUCCCAUCAGUCCGCUGCUUAUGGACAGAGCUGCCUUCAGUUUCCCCUCAGCGACGUCGCCGUCAGCGCACCAUAAUUCGGAGGUAUCACUCCCCCCUCCGUUACCUCCGCGUCGAAGAAGAGACUCCGCCGCGCCGCCCACACCGCACCUGCCCUCAUGGAGCGAAUCGGGCGGGUCGCCCCCAGCACCUCCUGCGGGGUCAGGUGGACCCCCACCCCUACCUCCAAGACCGCCCCCACCUCCAGAGCUACUGAGGCCCGCCCACUCCGCCUUGCUCCAGAGGAGGCACACCGCUGCGUUAGCACCAAAACUACCGCCCAAACCUGCUGCAGCGGCCGUCGCCCCACGAACGUAACUACCAGAAUAUCACCACCAGAAUACCACCCCCCCGAAUAUCAUCUCCAGAAUAUUACACCCAGAAUACCUCCAAUAUAUCUUCUUCAGAGUACCAUCCCAGAAAUGUAACCAGAAUAUAACUAGAAUGAUCAGACACAGACGGACAUCUCACCUGAUUAGCAGAACUCAAGACCUUAGAAUACAAUACAUUGAUACCACCAUCAGCUACCAGCCACAUCAAGAAAAUCUACGUUAUUAAAUAAUUAAAAAUUAAAAUAACAAAAUCAUAUUAUUGGAACGGAUAUUGAACUCGGAGAUUUUCAUUGCUUUGAAACGAAAAAUAGUUUUGUUCGUUGAAAAAAUUAAUUAAAUGUCUUUAGUGGUCAUUUAAAAUGUAUAUCCAUAUGUUGGAUAUAUAUUAUGUUGAAGUAAAAGUUAAAGAUCAGAGCUAAACAUCCGUGCCGAUACACAAAUGUUAUCCAAGCAAUAUUGUAAAAAAAUACUUCUAAUAAAAUCACCUAAAACUAACAUCUCCCAAGACAUAAACGGUACUAAAAAUAUGUAAUUUAAAUUUUUCAUAUCAAAAAAUACCAUCUAAGACCACCAAAAUAUGACACGCUGUGAUAAUUGGUUUUCUUAAUUCGUGUUCGCUGGUAUUUAUUAUAUGAUUUAACUGUAUGAUUCAAUUGGUAAUACAAUGCAAAAUAAAAUUAAAAUUUAUCAUCGAUUCUAAUAAUGAAAUUAGAAUACGUCUGAUUCUAUUUUCUAUUAAUUUUUGACUGUUUUUAACUGUUUAGCUUAUUACGUUUUCAAAUAAAAUUAAUUUAAUAAAAUAUCGUUGCUUUCAUAAA